AACAAACACUUGCUCUCCAUUUCACUCUAAGAGUGUUCUGGCCUCUCAUCACUUUACUCAGUACACUUUGGAACUUGAAACAUGGAGAAAGUCGUAAGUUCAAUAGUGUCAGGAAAGUGGAAAAACGAACUCGGUUCUGUGAUGGAGAUGAAGGAGAAGGAGAAUGGUCAGAUUAUUGGGACAUACCUAACUGCUGUUACUUCAAAAGAGUCCAGCCACACUGAAGAAACUGCUGACCUUGUGGGCUACAUCAAUACAGACCAGACUAAACAGACCACUACUAUUGCCUUCUGCAUGGCCUGGAAGAUAGAAGGCUCGUGUAGUGCAUUCACUGGCCAGAUCUUCCAGGAAAACAAAGAUGGAAGUAUCGAGGAUGUAAUAAAGACCACCUGGAUUCUACAUUCACCUGUGGAUGGCCUCCAAGACAACUGGGAAGCAACAUGUGUUGGAGAGAACACAUUCCACAGAUGCCCAUGAAAGAGAUUCUGAAGAACAGGAC